CAGUCCCAUCCUUCAUUAACACAACAGCUCAAAUAAUUGGAAUCCAAAAUGUUUUCUUUCAAUUCGGUAUGUUUUAGCUUGAUCCUUCUUUCAAUGUGUCAGUUACAAGAAAAAUAUGUAAGUGGACAAGAAGUUCAACUUCCUCCUGGUCAAGAAUGCCAAAUGACACCGGUUAUUCAUGUUCUACAACAUCCAGGAUGUGUACCCAAACCCAUUCCAUCAUAUGCUUGUAUUGGUAAAUGUACAAGCUACGUUCAGGUUUCUGGUAGUAAAAUUUGGCAAAUGGAACGAUCUUGCAACUGUUGUCAAGAAUCAGGAGAAAGAGAGGCGACAGUGGUGCUGUUCUGUCCUAAAGCUAAAAGCGAGGAGAAGAGAUUCCGAAAGGUAACUACGAAAGCUCCCUUAGAAUGCAUGUGUCGUCCAUGUGGUAGCAUUGAAGAAAGUUCAAUAGUUCCUCAAGAAAUUGCGGGAUACGCUGACGAAGGAUUCUUACAGAGUCAGUUUAGAAAAACUUUAUAAAUACAUAAUUAAAAAUGCAACUGUAAUUAAUGCGCUCAUAUGGACUGUUAUGAUUUUAGUUAAAUGUUAAAUAAAAAUCCUUGACCAAUUUAA